CGGGGCCAAGGCGCGGGAAUGGGCGGGGCCAAUGGGCGGGGAGCCCGGAUGUGAGCAGGGCGGCAGCAGAGCUGAGUGGAGGUGACUUUUGCAUUUGAAUUUCACAGUACUUCUGCAGUGGAGACUGAGAUCGAGAGUGUGAUGUGCUCAGAUCCUUAUAGCCAUCAUGGAUGAUCUAAACCUACACUACAGAUUUCUGAAUUGGCGGAGGAGAAUCCGGGAGAUCCGAGAGGUGCGAGCUGUACGUUACCAAGAGAGGUUCAAACAUAUCCUUGUUGAUGGCAACAGACUAAGUUAUCAAGGAAACUCUGGGGAAGUUGGCUGCUACGUUGCUCCUCGUCCACUGUCGAUAGACAACAAUUAUUUUGAGGUAUCCAUUGUGGACAGCGGUGUGCGAGGGACCAUUGCAGUGGGACUGGUGCCCCAGUACUAUAGUCUGGACCAUCUGCCCGGAUGGCUACCCGAUUCAGUUGCUUACCAUGCAGAUGAUGGCAAGCUUUACAACGGCCGAGCCAAGGGACGUCAGUUUGGGACAAAAUGUAGCUCCGGGGACCAGAUUGGUUGCGGCAUUGAGCCAGUGUCUUUUGAAGUCCAGACAGCCCAGAUUUUCUUCACCAAAAAUGGGAAGAGGGUGGGCUCAACUAUCAUGCCGCUUUCCCCAGAGGGGCUCUUCCCAGCUGUGGGGAUGCACUCGCUGGGGGAAGAGGUCCGGCUCUAUCUCCAUGCAGAGCUUGGCAACGAGGAGGAAGAUGACAGCGUCAUGAUGGUCGACAGCUAUGAGGACGAGUGGGGCCGACUGCAUGAUGUAAAAGUCUGCGGCACACUCCUGGAAUACGUGGGGAAGGGGAAGAGCAUCAUCGAUGUGGGUCUUGCCCAAGCCCGGCAGCCUCUGAGUACUAGGAGUCACUAUUUUGAGGUGGAGAUUGUGGAUCCAGGAGAGAAAUGCUACAUUGCGCUGGGCCUGGCUCGCAAGGAUUACCCAAAAAAUCGGCAUCCUGGCUGGAGCAGGGGAUCUGUGGCUUACCAUGCAGAUGAUGGCAAGAUCUUUCACGGGAGUGGAGUGGGAGACCCCUUUGGUCCACGCUGCUACAAGGGAGACAUCAUGGGUUGUGGGAUCAUGUUUCCCCGCGACUAUAUCCUUGACAGCGAAGGUGACAGUGACGACAGCUGUGAUACAGUGGCCAUUAAGGCCAAACCCCGGGGUGUGAUGAAUGUCUUGUACCUGCAUCAGGAAGCUGAGGAGGAUGAGGAUGAAGAAGAAGAUGGGGAAGACAUGGAGCAGGAACACGAAGGCAAGAAAGUAGUGGUGUUCUUCACACGCAACGGGAAAAUAAUUGGAAAGAAGGAAGCUGUGGUGCCCGCAGGAGGUUUUUAUCCCACAAUUGGGAUGCUGAGCAGUGGGGAGAAGGUCAAGGUGGAUCUGCACCCACUCAGUGGCUGAGGGACAAGGGCCAGGAGCCCAUUGCUUUCCUUCUGCAAUUCCAUGGGACUGCCAGUUGUGCCCCGGGCUCUUCUUCAUUGCACUUCCAGCCUCCGCUUCAGGGGCAAUGUUGUCAUUGUUUUUGUCUGUGGGGCCAUCUACGAUAUCUGUCUACUUAACACCAACUGAGUCAGCUAUUCUUGUCUUUUUUGUAUUCCAUCCCAGCUGCUGCUGUGGGAAAAGAAAUCUUCAGGCAACCUUUGUUUUCUAAGCAGGUCUGGAAUUUUGCUAUGAGACAGAGGUCCAGUCUCCUUCCCAUUGCAGCUGUCCAUCAGCCAGUCUCAAGCAGCAGUGUGGUUCUGGGCUGGCAAGUUUGGUUGUCACUUUUCAGGCUUUGCAGUAAAGGCUGGCAUCCAGUGCUGGAAGUUCUCAAGGCCAUCUUCUGUGAAAGGCUGCCUCAUCACAUUACAGUGUGGCUACGGACUUUGUUUCUUCACUUUGUGUGAUGUGUAGGUUACUUGUAACCUCUCUGAAACUGCAAGCUAGCCUUGUGGGAUCUUAAGUCUAAAACAUGCUGCUCUCGUGAUUCCCUUACAGUGCAGCAAAUUCCUUUUGGGGCCGGCCCUACCAUUUUGCAGAGUGAGGCAACCUCUGGAACUGCCCAGCUGUUUUCCUCUGUUGGAGAGUGUUACACGCAUUACACAACCUGUUCUGGAUUCCCUGGCCUGCUGCUCUCGGCUGUCAAGGAAUACACACAGUCCUUUUUGCUAGCUUUCAGGUGACAGUCACUGGAGUAGGAAAGUGAGGGGAUAUAUUUUCUUUUCCAAAUGUCUUGGGCUGGUCUUUGCAACUUCUUCCUUAAGUGCACAAAGUUAAAUCAAAGCUCCUAACAAAAGGCCAAGAAACUCCUGACUUUUUCCCCAAAUGACGAUCCAUCUGAAGAUGAUGUCAGAUAAUAUCUUUGAUCCAGGGAAAAAUAAUUCUUUGUAAGACUUCACCUUUCCUUGAUGAGCUCUCUGCCUGACAGCAUACAAGCUUUUGCCUUGGGAAGAAAAGGAAGUGGCAUUGGUCACCUUCAGGCAGAAAGACCUCUGCCUCCUCCCUUUAUGGAGCCAUUAAGGAUGUUUUUAAUAUCAUGAGUUAUUAUACAGGGCCACGCUGGCUGUUGAAAAGUUGUUCUUAGCCUGGGUGGCAUGCUUUUGCAUUCACAUUGUAGAUGGGGAUCGAAAGAUGGCAUAGGACAGAUGAGAUGAUAUGUCCUGCAGUUUGAUUGUAAAACGUUUACUCAUUACCUUUCCUUCUUUCCAUCCCUUGAGUUAAAGGCAGGCCUUUAUGUCCAUAGCCCUGCCCUUGUAUGCAUUCCCUUCCAAUGUCUCUUACCCUCUGCAUUGUGCUUACAUUGCUGUAACAAUUUUUUUUCCCGCUCUGACUUUGAAGUUUGCAGGGGUUCCUUGGGAGGAUGAAGAAACCUGUCAUUUGUGUAUAUGUGGGUAAUUCGUGACAGGAGAUGCCAAAGAGCAGUAACUUUGUUGAAAUCUGGGACAAUGGGCAAAUGAAAGACAAGUCACUACAGGACACUCUUAUUUCUUGGCCCUGUGUCGUCAUGGGCAGUCUUGCUGCUAAAACUAGAAUAUCCUGGGAACCUGAGUUGUGUGGUCCUAAAAAGUAUUGCAUUGGCUCCCUUUGUGGAUGUAGUUCUUUGGCCUUGUGGAAAUUGCUGUUUUUAUAAGUGGGUUGGAUGGGAGCAACACACUCUUUUGGUUCUCUUUCUUGAUUGUAUGUUGACGUUCUACUAUCGAUCUCUCCUGGUUCUUGGAAGAGUAAAAGACUUGCUUCUAGUCUUCCAGUCCAAACCUGUUGCUGUGUUGCACGCUGUCCUGGUAGUUACUUCCUCUCCUCCCAUUUCUGAAAUAGUGUGAUGCUUCAGAAGAAAGGAAGUGGGGUGAUCUGGGGCAGGGAGCAAAUGUGUGGAAGAAUGUAGCAGACUUGUUAAGAGUGCUAUGCAAAAUCCUCUGGCUGCAACAAUCCUUGGAAGGAGCCAAAUUUCUGCUCCCUCUGCUCAUUGUGUCUGAUCGGAACCUGAUUCUCUCCAGCCCCUUCUCUCUGUGCCUCUGGCUCCUUUGCAUCUCUAUAGACAGAAUCUUGAUACACUCAAUAAAAUUUGGGAUUUCCAUAAUUAUCCAACACCCAAAAA